AUGUCGGGCCUCUUUGGCAGCGCGGCCGCGUCGACACCGAGCAACACGGUCGGCGACCUGAAGCAGGACGUCGCGCUCAACAAUCCUCCCGAGGACUCCAUUUCCGACCUCGCCUUCUCACCCAACCAGAACCAGUCCAGCGACUUCCUGGCCGUUGCAAGUUGGGACAAGAAGGUCAGGAUUUACGAGAUUGCAGCAAACGGUAGCAGCGAGGGAAGACACGCCUACGAGCACGAUGGCCCUGUUCUGAACUGUGACUUCUCCAAGGACGGCACAAAAGUCAUGUCUGGUGGCGCCGACAAGGCCGUCAAGGUCUGCGAUCUGGGCAGCCAGCAGACGAUCAAGAUCGGCGAGCACGACCAGCCGGUCAAGUGCGUCCGUUUCUUCGACUCGGCCAACGGCAACAUGGCCGUCUCCGGCUCCUGGGACAAGUCCGUCAAGUACUGGGACAUGCGCUCUCCCACCCCGGCCGCGACCCUGCCCUGCCAGGAGCGCGUCUACUCGAUCGACGUCCGCAACGACCUCCUCGUCAUCGGCACCGCCGACCGCUACAUCAACGUCGUGGACCUCAAGAACCCGACCAAGUUCUACAAGACGCUGCAGAGCCCCCUCAAGUGGCAGACGCGUGUCGUGAGCUGUUUUACGGACGGCGCCGGAUUUGCUAUUGGCAGUAUCGAGGGCCGUUGCGCAAUUCAGUAUGUCGAGGACAAGGAUGCUAGCUCCAACUUUUCUUUCAAGUGCCACCGCGACCCUCCCUCGAACAACGUCACCAACGUAUACGCGGUCAACGACAUCUCCUUCCACCCCGUCCACGGCACCUUCAGCACCGCCGGAUCCGACGGAACCUUCCACUUCUGGGACAAGGACGCCAAACACAGACUCAAGGGCUACCCCAACGUGGGCGGCAGCAUCACGGCCACGACGUUCAACAAGAACGGCUCCAUCUUCGCGUACGGCAUCAGCUACGACUGGGCCAAGGGCUUCCAGCAUAACACGCAGCAAUACCCCAUCAAGGUGAUGCUUCACCCGAUCCAGGCGGACGAGUGCAAGCCGCGUCCGACCAUGAAGAAGCGGUGA